AUGGGUACUAGAAUAUAUUUGGGCAUAAAACUAGAUCAACAUGAUCGAGAUCGAGCAUGUCGAACACUUUAUGUAUUAGAAGAGAAGAAACAUAUUGUAGCAGGUCAUAAUAAUACUCAACGAUUUGAAAAUUUAAUUAAAUGUGAAUUAGUUCAAGAUUUAUUCAAAAAUCCAUGUUUUGAAAUUUCUGAAGCUUACACUCCACCAUUAAAUAUUAAUCCUUUUGAUCAAAACGAAGGAAAUAAUACAUCUGUGAUAUGUUCUUUGGUAGUAAAACCAUAUCUUGCAUUAUCACAAUCAAAAAUUAUUAAACUAUGGUAUUUCAUAGUUAGAAAAGUUUUUAAUGAUACUAAACAAAUGAGUCCUUUCCUUCGUGUUAUUCAUGAAGAGAAAGGUUAUGAAAUCCAUCAGACACCUGCAAUUAUGGCAGUUUUAAAUUUUAAAUGGCAGCUACCUGUCCCAUAUUUUAUUCUUUCUAAACAUCCACUUAUUGCUCAUAAAUUAUCAAUUCUUCGUAAUAAAAAUACCAAGUCUAAACAAGUCAGGGAACUUUUAAAAGAAAUUGGUCAACUUCUUUGCUACGAAGCAACCCUUGAUUUACUUACUAUAACUUCGAAAACUUUAGAAAGUCCUUUGGGAGAAUAUACAGGAAUUGAAUUAAAUCCAAAGAUCGGACUUGUACCUAUUUUGAGAUCUGGUCUUAGCUUUGUUGAAGUAGAAUAUUAUAAUAAAUUACCUUCCGAACCUAAUGUAGAUCAAGUUAUAGUUUUAGAUCCUAUAAUUGCUACAGGAGGAACAGCCAUAGCAACAAUUGGAAUUCUCAAAGAUUGGGGAAUUCAAUCUAAAAUUAAAUUUGUUGCCGCAUGUGCUUCGAAACAGGGAAUUGAACAUGUAUCUGAUACGUAUCCUGAUGUCGAAAUUUUUGUUGGUGCAGUAGAUGAAGUUUUAGAUGAACAAGGGUAUAUUGUUCCAGGAUUAGGUGAUGCCGGAGAUAGAUUAUAUAACAUUCCUCACGCAUAA